AUGUCAACUUUCAAUGGCAUCAUUCACGAAUUCCCUGAUAUUAGAGUCGACUUCUUCCGUAGACUCAACCUCCGGCCUCCAUUGGCUUGCUUCUUAAGUCAUGUCCAUAGCGAUCAUCUCGCUGGGCUUGAUACGCUCAGAAGUCCUUUUGUUUAUUGUUCGGCCGCCACAAGGGAAAUCCUGCUCCGACUUGAAAAGUAUCCUUGUCGACUCAACUAUGCUAAAGGAAUACUCGAGGAUCCACGAAUGCAGACGUAUAAGCAUCUGGCCAAAGUACUAAAGCCCAUUCCUCUAGAUACCCCCACCAAGAUCAAGCUAGAUCCCACUCAGACCAUUCAAGUAACACUCCUAGAUGCAAACCACUGUGCUGGUGCAGUUAUGUUUCUAAUUGAAGGCAAUGGCAACGCUGUCUUAUAUACAGGGGAUAUUAGGAGCGAACCUUGGUGGGUAAAUUCUAUUGCUAGAAACCCUAGCAUGGUAGAGUACUCUACGGGUCUAAAAACGCUGGACCGUAUAUAUCUCGAUACGUCGAUAUUGAGCAACUUCCCUCUGCAAACUAAGGCCGAUGGUCUCCGCGAACUUCUGGAAAAGGUUGCACGAUAUCCAAAGGAUACCAUAUUCCACAUGCAAGCAUGGACUUACGGAUAUGAAGAGGUUUGGAUUGCUUUAUCAAAAGCUUUAGACUCCAAGAUUCAUGUCGAUAAGUACAAGAUGGACGUUUAUAAAUCCCUCGUCAUCAAAUCAUCAGAUAAUCGCUACGCUGCUCAAACUCACUUGACUAAGGAAGCUCCAUAUCUUGUAGGCUUUACCUGUGGUAAUACCCAACGGGAGGGGUGUCUGACGCUAGACGAAGAUGUGCGAAUUCAUAGCUGUGAGAAAGGUAUGGCUUGCAAAGUUAUGGAGACCAAGCCGAUCGUGUGGAUCCAGCCAAUUGUCGCACAUCUUAAGAAUCGGCGAGACAUGGCUGAGGUGGGCAUUGGUGGAGGCGGGGACGACCUGGCACAGAAAAUAACCUUUGAACCGGAGGGAAUUCGAGCUUUGUUAGAAUUAAUCAAGUAUAAAGGAGAGAUACUAGGUGAUUUAGAGCCUACGACUACACAAUUCCUUCAGAAAGCACUAGCUGUUUCUAGAGACGUCGACCUCGAUAUUGGGAGGUUUAGCUUCAAGGAGGAGUAUUCCUUCACAGAAAUAGUUAACUCACUUGCUAGGAGAGUUGAGGAAAUCCAAUAUCCAGUAAACAAUACUAAAGGAGAAGACUAUCUUAACGUCCUUACGAACCAAAUCACAUUCCCGUACGCUAGACAUUCUUCUUUACCCGAGCUCCGGCAUCUUAUCAAGGCUUUCAAGCCCGCCGAUAUUUGGCCAUGCACGGUGGAUCCGAAAUCUUGGGCAGAAGAGGGCAUUACCAUAAGACAGCUUUUCGGAGAUAUCUGCACUGGCGAUGUUUUCCAACACGACUUGCUAAUGAGCGAAGCAUCGGAAUUACGACCGAAGUUGCGCGGAGAAGAUGGGGAAGAUGCACCCGAGACUCAGUCAACGGCUGCUUCUCAGACAAGAAAUCCCUCUAGCCCAAUAAUUCCAUCCCCUGAUGCCUAUAAGCACUAUGGAUCCAAUAGUAUAGAUGGGGUAUCUGUAGAAAUAUCACCCAUGAGAGGCCAAUCACAGCAUCAGAGCCCCAACAUAUCGCCACUACAUCGUUAUUCGCAGACCCCUCAGGUGCAAAUGGUGCAUGCCCCCCUUUAUUCAUACAAACAUAAGCGCGACUAUAAUUCAUUCCAAGGCGGCCAAGACACACAUCCUGAAGACGAUGACGAAGAAAGUGAAUUAUACAUCCAGGGCUCACAGGCUUCAGAGAUAUCCGACUACGCAUACGAUACUAGGUUGCGCGCCUUUCGAGCAGCUCGAGCUAACAUGAAGGAUGAUGGCACUUGGAGAACUAUAAAUCUCAUCUCUACUACGGAUAAUCACAGCACGGUUGAGACGGAGCUAUGA